AUGAACCUACGAAACGUAUUAAAUGACGCGCUGUUUCUUCUUCUCCUCAAUCUUACCAGUUCCUUCCUCCAAGUAUAUUUAUUUAUUUACAUUGUCGAUUAUUCAAAUAAAAUUCGAGAAACGUUAACAGAGAAACAUUCUAUUUAAAAUUGCUAUAUAAAACCUAUUUCGUGUCGUUUCUUUACUUUUUGCAAAGAUCAUCACCGAGGUUGAUGUGCCAGAACUGCAGCUGCUAGCGUCGAACUUGAAGCCCGAAGAGUGUGUGAAACUUGUGUCUUUGGAUUCUAACAGUAAGAAUAUUUAAAUAUUACGUUAUUUCGUGAGGAUUAACGGUUAUACUUUGGAGUAUUCUUAAGUGCAUAUUUAAUAGCUCAACUGUCGGAAACGCAAAUAAAGAAGUUGGCUCGAGAACAAAAUUGCUUUCGAAGGCUCGUGAAAUGGGUUUGUCACUUGAAAACUGUUACGAGGAAUACGUAUCCGAUCUUGAACAGCCUCCUUGAACGCAUCGGCAGGAGAGAUUUAAUCGCGUGUCUCGCAGAGCUCAGCACGAAAACUUCCAAGUCACCGAAAGUGAUACGCAAAGUUCGAGCGGAUGAUUCCGACGACUACGAAGAAACAGCCACGACUGCACCAACGAAAAAAGAGAAACAUAGUGAUACGGAGCAAGCUCAAGUCUCGAACCAAAUGAUCGAAAAGAUCAGUGGACGUACCACUAUCAAAUUGUCGUUGCGCAACGCAGGCAUCGUUGUCGCUUCGAUCAUACUUGUAACCUGUUUGUGUACGUGUUUAUGUUCGUACAUUAUAAGAAGGAGGCUGACGAAAAUGUACGAAAAAAUACGAGGGAAGAAAAAGAAAGGUAAAUUCAUAGAAGAUACGGGGGUGUCUAGACGUUAUUUCGCUCGAAAGCCACGAGCAAAAAGGAAACGACCUCCGUCGUACGAAAUGGUGCACACGGCCACGGAAAACGCCACCAUGGUGGCACCUCCGCCGAAGGAACCGGAAGAACCAGAGCUGCCAGCUUGUUACAGAUGUUUCAAGAAGAAACGAAAGAAAAGCGCCAGAAGACCAAACAGAUGA